AUGAAAAAAUUUGGGUACGUCACUGAACCAAGCGAGGGACUGCCUGCGGGACACGAGCCAGUGAUCGACGGUGUCUUGAGGUCACCAAUAAAAGUUGAAAGUGCAACAUGGGUUCUUGAAGAUCGAAAAACCGUUGUAGUCACAUUCGAAAAAAUUAACAGUAUGGAAUGGUGGAACCGACUGGUAACGACAGAUCCCGAAAUAAAUACGAAAAAAGUGCAGCCUGAGAAUUCGAAACUCUCUGAUUUGGACGGCGAAACAAGACAAAUGAUGAUGUACGAUCAGCGACAGAAAGAACUUGGAUUGCCAACAUCGGAGGAGAAAAAGAAACGAGACCUUCUCAAAAAGUGA